AUGAGUGUCGUUGGUAUAGAUUUCGGUGCUCUUAGCACAAAGAUUGGUGUUGCGAGAAAUAAGGGUAUUGAUAUCGUCACAAAUGAAGUUUCCAACCGAUCCACGCCGUCCCUCGUUGGAUUUGGCCCAAAGAGCAGAUAUAUUGGCGAGUCCGCCAAGACUCAGGAGAUCUCCAACCUGAAAAACACCGUUGGCUCCUUAAAGCUGCUCGUUGGCAGACAAUCCAACGACCCAGAUGUCCAAAUGGAACAGGACUUUUGCGCCGCCAAGUUGGUUGAUGUCAAUGGCGAGGCUGGUGCGGAGGUCAGCUAUAUGGGCAAGAAGGAGCAGUUCUCUGCCACCCAACUUGUUGCCAUGUACCUCACCAAGAUCAAGGCUACCGCUUCUGCAGAGCUAAAAUUACCUGUUUCUGAUGUCGUUCUCAGCGUUCCACCAUGGUUCACUGACGCACAACGCCGUGCACUGAUUGACUCUGCUUCGAUUGCCGGCCUGAAUAUGCUUCGCCUUAUCAACGACACCACUGCUAUUGCACUCGGUUAUGGUAUCACAAAAUUGGACCUCCCAGUUGAAGGCGAGACCCCUCGACGUGUUGCAUUUGUUGACAUCGGUCACUGUAACUACACCUGUGCCAUUGUUGAGUUCAAGAAAGGCGAACUUAACGUGAAGGGAACCGCCUGGGACCGCCACUUCGGAGGCAGAGCCCUUGACAAGGCGCUGGUGGACCACCUCGCCAAGGAGUUCAAGGAGAAAUACAAGAUUGAUAUCAAGACCAACCCCAAGGCGAUGACCCGAACUUUCGCUGCCGCCGAGAAGCUGAAGAAGAUCCUGUCCGCCAACGCCCAGGCCCCAAUCAGCAUCGAGUCCAUCAUGAACGAUGUCGAUGUCCGUGCUAUGGUUAAGCGUGAGGAGCUAGAGGAGAUGAUCAAGCCGCUACUUGACCGCGUCACUGUUCCUCUUGAACAGGCUCUCGCUGAGGCCGGCCUUAAGCCUGAGGAUAUUGAUAGCAUCGAGAUGGUCGGUGGUUGUACCCGUGUCCCCUCCAUCAAGGAUGCCAUCAGCAAGUUCUUCAACAAGCAACUUUCCUUCACCCUCAACCAGGACGAGGCCGUCGCCCGUGGCUGUACUUUCAGCUGUGCUAUCCUGUCUCCAGUAUUCCGUGUCCGUGACUUCUCCGUUCACGACGUUAUCAACUACCCCAUCGAGUUCACCUGGGAACAAUCCCCCGAUAUCCCAGACGAAGCCACCUCCUUGACUGUGUUUAACAAGGGCAACGUCAUGCCAUCCACCAAAAUCCUUACCUUCUACCGCAAGCAGCCAUUUGACUUGGAAGCCCGUUACUCCAAGCCAGAGAUGCUUCCAGGAAAGACCAACCCCUGGAUUGGCCGUUUCUCGGUCAAGGGUGUCACUGCUGACGCCAACUCAGAUUUCAUGAUCUGCAAACUCAAGGCAAGACUCAACUUGCAUGGUAUCCUGAACAUCGAAUCUGGAUACUACGUGGAGGACGUUGAGGUUGAAGAGCCAAUUCCAGAGGAAAAGAAAGAAGGCGAUACCAUGGACACAGACGAAGCCAACGGCGAGGCCGAAGCCAAGCCCAAGAUGCGCAAGGUCAAGAAGCAACUCCGCAAGGGUGACCUUCCUGUCAUUGUUGGCUCUGCAUCGAUCGAUGCUGCCAGCAGGGAGAAGAUGGCCGAGAGAGAGAAUGCCAUGUUCAUGGAGGACAAACUUGUUGCCGAUACCGAAGAUAAGAAGAACGAACUCGAGUCGUUCAUCUACGAACUUAGAGAUAAGAUCGAUAGCAUUUAUGCCGACCAUGCCAGCGAAGAGGAGAAGGAGAAGCUGAAGGCCAAACUCACCACCACAGAGGAUUGGUUGUACGAGGACGGCGAAGACACCACCAAGGCUGUCUACAUGGCCAAGAUGGAUGAUAUCCGCUUCCUUGCCGGGCCCAUCGUGCAACGCUACCUCGACAAGGUUGAGGCUGAUAGACAAGCAGCCCCCCCAAAGAGGCACGUGGAAAUAAAGGGUGACACCGGCAUGGACGAUGCCGAUGCCAACGGCGACUCUAAAAUGGAGGAAGUCGAGUAG